CAUGUUUGCCGUUUUAUUCUUUUUCGUAAACAAGGCAAUAAUGUAGCUCUAUUUAACAAUGUCAAAUUCGUUGCAGAUUUUUGCAAACAGGUGCGGCCCCGGCGGUGCAGUACCCUAAAGGUUCGCUGACCUGUUCAUUUUCAAUAUUUAAUGUGCAUUAGCUGCUGAGGGGGUGGGCAUAAGAGUGCCUGGUAUCUUCAUAAUCAUUUUCGUCAUUAGAAUAUCAAUCGUAGAACAUCAAACAUCGAAGAAAAGGAGCUCAGUUUCUCUCGCCGUACCUCUUCGCCUGUGUCGUCGCUCUUGCGCGGGGUCGCAGUUCCACCUACGAGCGGGAGGGGUCGCCCUGCGCGCCGUUCCAGGCUUCUCCCGGCACUCCGCCCAGCUUGAAACGCAGCUGCCCCUCUCACUCGCUCGGCGAACAUGGCGGACAGCGCAAGCGAGAGCGACACCGAUGGAGCGGGCAGCAGCUCGGCCGCCCCGCCGUCUUCUACUUCUUCCUCGUCUUCCAGCAAGCCGGGCAUCGUCAUCUCCCCGUUCCGUCUGGAGGAGCUGACGAACCGGCUGGCGUCCCUGCAGCAGGAGAACAAAGUGCUGAAGAUCGAGCUGGAAACGUACAAACUCAAGUGCAAGGCGCUGCAGGAGGAGAACCGGGACCUGCGUAAAGCCAGCGUCACCAUUCAAGCGAGAGCAGAACAAGAGGAGGAGUUCAUUAGCAACACCCUAUUCAAAAAGAUCCAGGCACUGCAGAAAGAAAAAGAGACCCUUGCUGUCAAUUAUGAAAAAGAAGAAGAAUUCCUCACAAAUGAACUUUCACGAAAACUCAUGCAGCUGCAACACGAAAAAGCCGAACUCGAACAGCACUUAGAGCAGGAACAGGAGUUCCAAGUGAACAAAUUAAUGAAGAAAAUUAAAAAACUGGAGAAUGACACUAUAUCAAAGCAGCUCACGCUGGAACAGCUAAGGCGUGAGAAGAUUGACCUUGAAAAUACAUUGGAGCAAGAGCAGGAAGCAUUAGUUAAUCGUCUCUGGAAACGGAUGGAUAAGCUUGAAGCGGAGAAAAGGAUCCUGCAGGAGAAACUAGAUCAGCCUGUGUCUGCCCCACCAUCGCCCAGAGACAUAUCAAUGGAGAUUGACUCACCAGAAAACAUGAUGCGACACAUCAGGUUUUUAAAGAAUGAAGUAGAGAGGCUAAAGAAACAACUCCGAACUGCUCAGUUACAACACACCGAGAAGAUGGCCCAGUAUAUCGAAGAGGAGCGACACAUGCGGGAGGAGAACAUCAGGCUGCAGAGGAAGCUGCAGCGGGAGAUGGAGCGGCGAGAGGCCCUCUGCCGACAGCUGUCCGAGAGCGAGUCCAGUCUGGAGAUGGACGACGAGAGAUAUUUCAAUGAGAUGUCUGCACAAGGACUUCGUCCCCGCACUGUGUCAAGUCCAAUUCCUUACACACCAUCUCCAAGUUCAAGCAGACCAAUAUCACCUGGUCUUUCAUAUGCAAGUCACACUGUGGGAUUCACACCACCAGCGUCACUGACAAGAGCUGGAAUGUCUUAUUACAAUGCCCCAGGCCUUCAUGUCCAUGCGGGUUCUUCACAUGGCAUCGCAAGACCUUCGCCUAGAAGAAGCAACAGUCCUGACAAAUUCAAGCGACCUACACCUCCACCCUCUCCCAACACGCAAUCUGGGGUGCAGCCUGCACCCCCCCCACCACCUCCAGCUCAGCCAAUGGCUCAGUCUGGAUCCUCCCAGGCAGCUACUUCCCAGCAUUCAGUGCAUCCCUCCUCACAGCCAUAGUGCAUGUGCUCUCCAGCAGCUUCCUCAAGAGUGGACUUGACAGAGCAGGUUAUUGAAAGCCAAAGGCUUGACCGACAUUUGGAUUUGACUUACUUGCACUGAGAUUAUUUAGGCUUCACUGUUAACUGUGUUGUAAAUGUUUGUUUAGAAUGCAGCCAGUGUUGUGGCUCUACGACACUAAAACCUAACAACCUACUCUUGUCAGUGCUAACUGGAACUUUGUUGGAUCUUUUUGGUCUAAAUUAUUUACCACUCGGACUAGGAUAAUACUGCAUUGUUAAAUGUCAUGAUGCCGAUCUCAAAUGGCUUUAAGGCUUGAUUUUAAAAAGGGAACCUUAUUUCAUUUUCAGUGCAGAGCCAGCGAACAUCUGAAGAUAUAAUUAGCUUACAGAAUGCGUCUAUUUAUUGUGAAUUUUCCAAUCACUAUAGAAUCAGCACUACAUUUCAAAUAUAAAAUGCAGAUUGUUACUGGUACAAAAGUCACUGACAACUCAGUGCCUGUUUGAUAAUUAAAAUGUACAAUUACCUGUUUUUUCAGGCUUGGUUGUUUUAGUGCUUGUAACAUAUCCCUAUGGACUAUCCCUGUUGAAAAAGAAAUAUAUACAUGUAAGAUGUUGAAAGGUACUUCAGAGAAAAAAAAACAUGUAGUUAAGAAGUAAGAAUAAUGGGAUCUUUCCAGUGUUUUGGGAGAUUCUUGUGACAAUUAUAUAAACCUGUACAAAAUGCAUCUAAUUUAGAAAUCACCAUUCUUCUUUAAGUUUUGCAAACUUGCAAUGUGAGCACAGGUUAAAAUGCUUUUGUUGGCUUUAGCUAAAACUGAUUGUCAGAAGGCAGAUAAACUGCCUAUUUAAUAACUGUUUUACACUUUUUUUGAAUCUUGACAUUGAGCCACCUCAAUGGGCUAAUGAUGUUGACUUUAAGUAGGAGAGCACCUUGGAGGCGCUGUGGAGCAAAAUGCUGACAAGAAGUGUGCUUUGUCUUGUUCACCAAUUUAAAACUUGUAUGUGACAUCACAGUAUAUCAUAGGAAAAUAUUCAAGGCAGAGCUUAGAAGUGGAACAGAUGCUUAUAAAAUACAUUGGACUUGUUAAAUACAUCAUUUGCCUUCGCUGAUGUAAUAAAUUGGUUGGUUAUACUUUGCAGUUGUAAAUAUAAUGAGUAUCUUUUUCAUAAGAAAAAAGACGCUGUGUUAUACUGUGGCUUGUGCUUCAUGAAAACAAUUUUCAUCUGCCUGUUGACUACAAGGUCUGCCUUUGGACAUACAGCUGCACACUAAUAUAUACAGAUUUGUUCCUUUAAUGAAAAUUCCAUCAUUACAGGGUAAUUCAGAAACCAAUUUUAAGUGAACGUUUGCUAUAAUUCAGUAUUUGUGAGACAACAUUUGGGUCUUAAUGAUGUAAGCUACAUCCUCUUGGUACAAUAUAUGUAGUUCUUGCUUUGAAUUUCACAUCACAGAUAUUCCAUAUACAGUGUCUGUGUAAGUGCUAUCACUGUGAUUUUUGCAGAGUACAUAAUAGAAUAGCUCCAUAUAUUAACUUAAGGGUUUGCCAUAAAUACUGCUAAUUAAACUAUUACUUGCAAUAAUGGCAUGAGAGAAUGUACUUCAUUAGAGCAAGUAUUGAAGUUAAACAGCAAAAAAAGCUUUGCCUAGCUUGCAGAAGUCUUUUUAAAGUAACUGAAAUCUCAAAUAUAGUAUUGUUUGUUAACAACUAGUCUUUAAGUCUUUUUUUCAUCUUUUAAUAGGUUUCAGUAUAAUUGGCCAGUUCACUGUGCCUCUGGUGAACUGGUGGGCUGUGCAUACAGCAGCAUCUAUUGGUGAUCUUACAUUUCCUUAUGGUUCAUUUGCAUACAUGCAAAAUGCUGCUUCAAAAUGUAGAUAUGAUUUUAUUCUACUUUUAGCACUAAUAGUAGUUGUAAUACCUUGCAAACCCAAAAAUAUGUUUGACUGAUUUGCGAUUGGAUCAUGUUAUUGCCUCAUCUUUCACAGCAGCACUGCUGAAAUAUUUUAACUUGUAGUUCAGGUAUGUGCUUUUAUUCAGUAUAUAGGCUUUUGUGUCUCUGUGAUUCAGAAAAAUACAUUUACGCAACAUGUCACAAAGAAGUGUGGUAUGAAGCACUUGGAAAUCAGGAUGUUAAAACUACUGCAUAGAAAUGGCAAAUGCAAAGAAAACUGGUAAAACAAUGGGGAAAUAUUUUUUUGGGAAAAAGAUUAAUAUAAAGCUGUACAAUGGAAAAAAUUACUUAUUCCAAUCUUAUUCUGACUAAACCUAAAAGAAAUGUCAGCUUUUUUUUAUAUACAGCCAGUUUGCUCUAGUAAUGGGGCUCAGAGAGUUUUAUCAGUGCGAAUGCAGAGAAUACCCCAUGCAUUAAGCCCUAGAGUGGACUGUUCGUGAGUGAAUAUUACACCGAACAUCUAAAGAGUGUUUGUGUAUGUGACUUUUAUGUGCUUUAGUGGAGGGUAUCUAAGAACACAAUUUGUUAGGUUUCUGGUUUUAAAACUUUGGCAACUGUUUUGUUUCAAAUUGUAAAUAUAAUGGAGUCUCUCCAUUAUCGCCGAACAGUGCUUUUUUUUUGCAUUCAUUUACCAAACGCAGGGAAAUUCUGUGGUGUUCACAUUUCAAAGUUUAGCAAACCCUUUUUGUUAGAUUUUUUUGUUUUCUGUUUAUUUUUGAUUUGCGUUUUUGGGUGGAGUUUUGCUUUUUCUUUAACAGACUGUUGACAAAUGAAUGUAAAGUUUUCUCGUGUUGAACUGCGAUCAUAAAUGGAUGGAACACCUUUGAGCCUUAACUCACUGUGGUAUGGCUAAAUGUAAGCAUUAUCUAGCUUCUCCCCACAUCAAACAAUUAAAGCCUUAAUAUGUGUUCUGAGCAGUC